AUGGACUACGAUUUUAGAAACAGAGCAAGCUCACCGUACGACACGCAAUCCCCGAUGUACAGAUCAUCUACGCCGUCAACAGCACCACAACCUAGCCAUCCGAUGUACGGAUCACCUUCUCUCUAUCCAAGAGUCAGUCAACCCGGUCACACCGUAAUCCCUCCCGUAUCCCGCCACCACGCUUUCCCCCAACCACCCUCCUCCUCUCCUUCCUCAGGAUUAGGGAUUCGAGUUAUGAUAAAACCGGAGUACCGGAUCACUCCUCCUCCACAAUUGGCGCCGCAAAUAGGGGAUAUUCCGCGGAGUAGUUUUCAGUUUGAUUUUGAGCUUGAGAGACAGAUUUUAGCAGAAGUGGAGAAGGAUAGCCAAAAUUGGAGUAGGCUGCUUGGUUUGGAAAAUCUGCCUUCGAAACCGUUGGAAUCGACUUCUUCAAUGGGUUCGACUGCAGAUCCUGUAGUGAGAAAGUAUAUUGCAUCAGGACUCAAUCGAGAUGCUGUACCUCUUGCAGUUGCAAACUAUGGAGAUAACCCAACAAAGGUUCAGGAAUUUGUCAAUGGCUACACCCUUCUACGAGAAAUGGGUUUUUCAUCAAACAAUGUUGCGGAGGUUUUAUUCAUGUAUGACAAUGACACAGACAAGGCAUUGGCACACUUCCUUAACAAUUCAUAA